ACGCAAGGGACACGCACGGGUCUCUUGCGUCUGCGUCGCUCUGAAAACGCAGAAGCAUAAACUAGGCUUUAGCUCCGCCCCACACUGCAGGUGCCAUCAUGCCGUUGAGUGUCUUGACAGCUGCGUGGCUGCACAGGUGCUGCAUGGAUUAGUUUAUUCUAGCACAACCAAAUGUAAGCCUCCUUGAAAUGGACACAAGGGGACGUAGGUUGACCCUGGAGGGUCCGCCCAGAGGGAAUCCCCUCACCUUUCCCUUCGGUUUGGCUGAAUUUUGCGUUGAUGCCGUCACCACCUGUUUCUCUCAGAACUCAGAGAAACGCUGCAUCCCCAUCGGCCUCAGCUUUCUAUCCAUGCUGGUUUUGCUGCUGUCAUGCUUUCUCUUCGUGUAUCAGAGGUGCACAUUUCGAGGAGAAGCCUCAGGAGGAACCAUCUCCCUCUACGGCUUCCUCGGUGACCUGUGCAGCACCAUAGGAGCCAUUCUGUCCAGACAGCUGCAUAUUCAGGUUUUGAUGGGUGCUUUUGCUGCUACUGUAGAUGCUGUUAAUUGUAUUUCUUGCUGCUCCCAUGUGCUCCUGCACUGGAACUCGAGAGAAGGCAGGAGGCUGAGGAUGAUGAAAGGGCGGAGGAGGCAGCACCUCCUCGCUGUGUGUGUACUGAUGGUUGUUGCAGGAGGCUUUUGGAAAUCCAGAGCGUCCCACCUCCCAGCAGUAAGGCCUCCCUUAGACAGGAGGAGACUGCUGUUUGCCACCCUCCAGGACAACACUGAAGUCCUGGGUUACGUACUUGGCCUCCUCUCCUGUGUCAUCGCAUGCACCUCCAGGUUCCCUGCUCUCUGCAGAGCAUACAGAGGACUAGUGUUGACCCGGGCCAACAUGUUCUCCAGACUGCUGUGCUCACUGUCCGGUGCCCUCUAUGCUGCUGCCGUACUGCUCUGUGACACUCGGGUUGGGUUUCUUCUGAGAGUCAUGCCGUGGCUGCUGUCGGCAACCGGCUGUGUCACCAUUGACCUUCUCAUUCUUGUCGUCCACUGUUGGAGGAGAGGAACUACGCAGAAGCUUACAAGUGUGUCUCCAGACGAAGAGAGCCUCUUAAGUAGCUCCUGCGCCCUCACUGAAGAUAACGCUGUCAUGAAGAGACCAGGAAAACAGCAACUUCAUUCUUCAGCAGGGACUAAAACAAAUGUCCGGAAGGUGACAGAGAUGGGUGGUUAUAUGGAUGUCGAUGUCGACGCCGCAGGAGAAAUGUGUCUUAAGGAGGCGGUGGAGGCCCGGUGCCUCAGCCAGACGGUGCGCGUUAUCAGAGUGGACAGUUUCUGCUCCUCGGACACGUCUUGUGACUCUUCUCUGGUCGACUCUGACCUGGAGGUGGGUUGGAGCCCUGUUUAGCCCUGUUGUGGGAUUGUGAGGCUUGACAACAGGACGUAGACAACCUUCCACCAAAAGAAUGGCCAGCAAACCCCAAACUGAAUAACAUCUGCACCUGCGCCGGCCCUGCAAGAUGGGGGGGAAAAAAAGUCAAACCAACUAAUGUAAAUCUGCAUUAGUAAAGUGAUCUGGUGCAUUCAUUUCAGGGGAAAUAAAAAGUGUCAACAGCAAAA